AUGAGCCAAUUUCAACUAUUUCCACCUCCUUCGCCCACGAAGGUCUCGAAGAAUCCUUUUCGUAGGGAGCUCAGGCGACAAACCGAGACCAUCAAGCCUGCCAGCCCUAUUCCGCUGGAGGACCUGAAUAAUAAGAAACCCAACACAGAGGCCGUGCUCCUUCAGAUCAUCGAAGAUACGAAUGACAUUAAACCGCCGCCAAAGGCUCGCAUCGCCAAGUCAAAUGCAAUUUCUGCCUCGGAAAAGGUUCCGGAGAAGUGGUCAACGAGAUCGCCCUCCAAGGCCAGCUCCCAGAAGACACCCGAAUGGGAUAUGCCGUCGAAGGAAAUCGAAUUGGACUCGCCAGCAGGGAGCAGCUCACGCUCUGUCCAGAAACCUCCGCAACGCUCUGAAUCACCGGGGAUCCCAAUGAAGUCGAUGUUCCCUCGGUACAACCCCAAUGUGCCUCUCAUCGAGCAGCAGUACUAUCCGGGUGCCUCCAGUCAAAGUUCCCGGUCUCACAAGCCCAAAGAUCUAACACUGUCGCCUCAGCCGGAGAUUGAUCGUGCUUUGGGGCCCAAGACGGUGCCAGCCAGUGUGAUGAACUUUCCAUUGGGUGCACUUGAUCCGGCAGACGAAGUCCACUAUUCCUCUGCUGCAGAGCUUCAGGGUUUGUGGGAAGCUGCCAAUGGCCAACGACCUCAGGAGCUCUCGGGGACUUUCAAUCUGCGCAUGGCACGAACUGAUCCUGCCACCUUCACAUUCGGUGAGCCCCAAUCACCGUUCUACACCAUGCAGACGUACUCCACGGACGAGCUAUUCAUCACUCGCAUCAACCCGUCCAACGCCAGCAGCAGCGUUCCGAUCAUGAUGCUCAAACUCGAAGACCGUGGUCGUCGCCAGCCGCCCAACGACGGGCUCGUCUCGCGUCUCUUCUCCCGCCUUGCCGCCAUGCUCGCCAUCGAACAAGCCCAAGAGCUGACCCGACAACAUCGGCUCGGACCCGUCGAGGCCGCCGAAGUCGAAGGCGACGCUCUCAAACGCGCCGCGGCUCAGGAAUCCUGUCGUCUGACCUGGAAUCACACCCAGCAGCUCUACGAGCUGCAUCACCCAUCUCUCGCAAAGCCCCAACCGCCGGCCCUCGUCGGCGCCGUCGGCAUCCCACUCUCUCCCGCACCGUCCAAAUACUCGGGGACUCUUCACAUCAGCAUCUCGACGCCAUCCCGAGACUCCAAACAUCGUCACAACCAACAACCGCCCACCAUCCUCGUCACGACACCGUUACCUGCCAACGCCGUCGAGUCCGCCAACGUGGCCGCCACGCCGCGCACCUCCACCCUCCCACUGACCGACUCCGACGACCCCCUAGCCUCGCUCGAUCUAGGCACCAUGACCCUGUCCAUCUCCGCCGCCGCCAUCGUCACCAUCAUCCCAUCCCUGUAUGCCAUUGACUCACUGAUCAGCGCGAUGCUGGCCGUCGCAGUAUCCGACCAAUCGACUAAUCCGAUCCUGGCCGACAUGCCACUCUACGACCCACACUCCUCCCACACCGAGAGCCAACACUCCUCAUUCUUCCACGACGCCCGCUUCACUGGCAAAUUAGUCGCCACACUCGCCGAACGCGACGACACCGAACAAAGCAAUCAACUCAUGGCGCGGAUCCGAUCCGCGUCGUCUGCGCGCACGAAACGAGACCCUAGAACAUGGCUUCGAUGGCGGAAUCGACCCGCAACCGAGACUGAGACUGGGGAAUCCGACACGAAACCGAAGACAAAGAGCAAGACUAAGCCCAAGAAGAGCAAAAACCAAAAAGUCGUCGUCGAGGAAUUCGAUCUCGAACGGUACGGUCGAUACGGCCAUAGCUCGUCGCGCGAGGGCCAGAAACUACCGAGUGCGACGCGCGGUGUGCUGCGGGCUCUUUUCUGGGGGUUGAAUUUGGUGGUGCAUGUUUUGACGAUGGUGGUGAAGGUGUUGGCAUGGGUGUUAGUUAAUGUGACGAGGUGUGUGACGAGUCAGAAGUUUUGA